AUGGACCCCAAACACUCUGUCGCCUAUGCUGGACCUGGCAAUCACGCCAGUCAGUUCCCCGAGAACCAGAUGCCCAACAUGAUGGGUAGCGUCGACGCCUUAAAUGGUGCUAUCGGUCAGUUCCAAAACAUGACCUUGGGUAACGGCAUGCCCCACAACGUUGGUGGUAUGGGACAGAUAGCUACAGGCCAUCCGUACAUGAUUCCCCAGGAUUAUAUCCUGGCUCCUCAUCUGCCCUCUGCCUUGGGGAUGGAUCACCUCUCUCAGGGCCCGUACGGACCAAGUGGCUACUUGGCUGCGCCUGGACAGUUCAGCCCUUACGUCCCCUACCCCAUGAUGCCCUUUACCCCCGGUCGCGCCGUCAGUGGCAACUCGGCUCUCCAGGACCGUACCAACCGCGGCCACAACGACGUGCCCGGUCUUGAGAAUCGUCGUCACAGUGGAGGUUCUUACACCACCACCGAGUCUGCUCCUACGACUCCUUUCUACAGUGGCGCCGGCAAGAAUGACAAGGGCCCCCGCGUUGCUGCGCUUGAUCGUUCAACCUACACCACGCCGUCUCCCCAGCAGCUUGUCGGCGGCAAUAUCUUCGUUGAACCUGCUGCCAAGCACGGCGUCAUCACUAUUCCGGUCGACCGCAACUUGGAGGAGAUCCUCAAGCAGGAUCCUCCUAUCCCCAAGGCCGUUCCUGCAGUCUUCACCCCUGCCACCCAAAUGAAGACCUUGGAUCAGAGUUUGGAGAAUAGGAUCCCGGGCAACCGCAAUGUUUACAUUCGCGGUCUUCAUCCGACCACUGAUGAUGAGCUCUUGUACCGCUUCACUUCCCGCUUUGGCGAGGUGGAGACUUCCAAAGCCAUCAUUGACACGUCCACUGGUGCCUGCAAAGGUUUUGGCUUUGCCAAGUUCUUCGACGCCCGCGACUCGGAGAUGUGCAUUCGAGGCUUCCAUCGUCUCGGAUAUGAGGUCGGCUUUGCUCGCGAAUCUUUCAACUCUCGCCUCAAGGCCGAGGGUGACGAGGGCUCUACCAACCUCUAUAUCUCCAACCUCCCCAAGAGCCUGACGGAGAAUGUGAGUUUGCGCUGA